AUGGCUGAACAACACACUGGAUAUAAAUGUGUUGAUAUGUAUGCUGAGGAUGUUGCAGAGCUGAGAGCAGAUGAUCAAGACAUCUGGCUUGGGGAUGAUGAAGGAGUAGAUGAUGAAGGAGUAGAUGAUGGGAAUUAUGAAGAUUUCCUUGAAGAUCCUACUGAUGAUGACAACUCACCUACAGAACUAGAUGAUAAAGGCAAAGGCAAAGCUCCUGCAGAAGAAGAAGAAGAAGCAGAGGAUGUGGAUGAGGUGGAUAGUGCUGAAGGCUCUUCUGAAGAUGAAGAUUACAAGCUGCCACCAGAGGAAGACAGCAGUGCAGAGGAUGAAGAAGCUUUGCAGUAUAGGAACUAUGCUAGGGAGAUUAAGAGAAACAUUAAGGCAAAGAAGUUAGGGAUGCAUGCCAAGCCAAUUGGUGAAAUAAGGGCAGAGGACUUAGUUGAUGAAGUACCAAACUUGGAUGAACCUGGAAGUCCUUUUCUUGACUCUAGUGAGGACUACUCAUAUGAGGAGGACAGUGAUGGGGAGAUCAGAAGGUGGAAGACAUUGGAAAAUAGGUUUGACCAUAAGGCAGAGGUUCCAGUUUUCUCACUUGGCAUGGCUUUCAUUGACAGCAGGCAGUUCAAGAAUGCCCUUGUCAAGUAUGGACUUAAGGCACACAAAUCACUGAAGUUUGACAUAGAUGAAAAGUUGAGGGUGAGGGCAAAAUGUGACUGGAUUGGGUGCAAUUGGAUGAUAUAUGGGUCAAAGACUACAAGGUCUCAGUGGUUUAAGGUGGUCACAUUUUCAGAUGUCCACACUUGCCCACCCAGGAGGGACAACAACCUAGUGACCUCCACUGUAAUUGCUAAGCACUAUUACAAUCAGAUCAAAGACAACCCUACCUGGUCUGCUGGUCUCAUUAAGGCUGCUGUGCUCAAGGAUUUUCUUGCUGAUGUGUCUAUCUCAAAGUGCAAGAGGGCCAAGUCUCUGGUGCAGAAGCAAGCACUUGAUGCUAUGUCAGGAGAGUACAGCAGGAUAUAUGACUAUCAGUUAGAGCUACUUAGGUCCAAUCCUGGUAGUACUGUGGUUGUCUACCUGGUCCCUGACAUAGAGGGCAACCAAGUCUUUGAGAGGUUUUAUGUUUGUUUUGAUGCUCUGAAGAAAGGCUUCUUGGCUAGAUGUAGAAAGGUUAUUGGCCUGGAUGGUUGCUGGUUCAAAGGUGCUCACAAUGGUAAUCUGCUGUGUGCAAUAGGAAGAGAUGCAAACAACCAGAUGUACCCAAUAGCUUGGGCUGCAGUUCCAAUAGAAAACUAUGAUAGUUGGUACUGGUUUUUGUCCUUGCUGCAGAAGGAUCUCAAUAUCAACAAUGGAGGGCUUCAGUGGGUGGUAAUCUCAGAUCAGCAGAAGGGUCUCUUGAAGGAAGUCAAAGAGUUAAUUCCUGCUGCAGAACAUAGAAUGUGUGCUAGGCACAUCUAUGCCAACUGGAGGAAGAAGUAUACCGACAAGAAACUACAGAAGAAAUGGUGGAGGUGUGCCAAAGCCUCAAACAGGGUGCUUUUCAAUGUGUACAGGGCCUACCUUGCUCAAGACACUCCUGAGGGUGCAGCAGACAUGAUGGCAACGUCACCAGAGCACUGGAGUAGGGCUUACUUCAGGCGUGGCAACAACUGUGAUUCAGUGGAUAACAACAUGUGUGAGAGCUUCAACCAUAGCAUCAUGGAAGCCAGAUUCUACCCAGUGAUUUCUAUGUGUGAGGCCAUAAGAAAGAAGCUGAUGGUUAGGAUACAAGAGAAUAGAGCAAGAGCUGACAAGUGGACUUGUAACAUUUGUCCAAAUGUUUUUAAGAAGCUGAAGAUGAACAUUGAGUUAUCUGGCAAGUGUAUUGUGUUAUGGAAUGGGGCAGAUGGUUAUGAAGUCCAAGACUGGGAAGACAGGAAGUAUAUUGUGAAGUUGCUCACUAGGGAAUGUAGUUGUGAGUACUGGCAGCUCUUAGGGUUGCCAUGUUGUCAUGCUAUUAGCUCAAUCUACAAAGGGCACCAGAACUUGGAAGAUUACAUUGCUUCUUGUUUCAGCAAAGAAGCAUACAUGAGGACCUAUGAGCAUGUUUUGAUGCCUGUAGAGGGUGCAGCAAAUUGGCCAAUAUCUGACAUGCCUAGGCCACUUCCACCAGCAUAUGUGAAGAUGCCUGGAAGGCCCAAGACACAGAGGAAGAGGGAGGAAUGGGAACAACCUAAAGGAGUAAAGUUGAGCAAGGUUGGUAUCAAAAUAACUUGCAGGUUGUGUGGCAAAGGUGAUCACAACUCAAGAAGGUGUCCCAAAACCCCCCAAGCUUCCAACAAAAACAUGGCUCACAUCACCAGAGAGAAGAAAAGGAAGAGAAAGGAGGCAGAGGCAGCAGGUGCUGGGGCAAGUGCUGGCACCAAGAAGACAACAACUAAGAAGGCAAAGUCCAAAGCAAGUGCUCCUCCAACCUAA